AUGACUAUCUUAGCCGACGGGGAGGUGAUAUCUGAAGAGGAGGACGCCGGCCAAGAGUCUGAUGAGGAAGGCGUGGAGUACCCUGUCCGUGGAGAGCUAUUAGUCACCAGGAGACUUCUCAAUGCUCAACCUAAAACCAAAGAAGAUGAGCAAAGGGAAAACUUGUUUCACACCAGAUGCUUGAUUCAAGAAAAGGUUUGUAGCUUGAUCAUUGAUGGAGGAAGUUGUACUAAUGUAGCAAGUGCUGAGUUGGUGGAGAAGUUGGGUCUUCAAGUGUUCAAGCAUCCUAAGCCAUAUCUGUUGCAAUGGAUCAAUGAUGAGGGAGGAUUAAAGAUCACCAAGCAAGUGAAGGUAUUGCUAUCAGUGGGAAAGUACCAGGAUGAGAUCACUUGUGAUGUAGCACCCCUGGAAGCUAGCCACAUCCUUCUUGGACGUCCAUGGCAGUAUGAUAAGAGAUCAGUACAUGAUGGCUUUACCAACAGAUACACUUUUAUCCAUAAGGAGAAACAAGUUACCCUGGCGCCAAUGACCCCUCAGGAGGUACACCAGGAUCAGAUGCAUCUCAAAAUGAAGAGAGGAGAGUCCAAGGCCGCCAGCAAGUCCUUGCUUCUUGAAGAGACCAGCCAGGUAAGUAAACUCAACCUCUUUGCUACUGCUAAAGAUAUCAAAACUGCUGUGAUUGAACAAUCAAAUUUGAUACUAGUAGUUUACAAAGAAUUGUUGAGCUCUACUACUAACCCUGCUCCUGAGAUUCCAGAGGAGAUUGAGUGUCUUUUGCAGGAGUAUAGAGAUGUGUUCCCAGAGGACAAUCCCAUAGGUCUGCCGCCUAUUAGGGGAAUAGAGCACCAGAUUGACUUUGUACCAGGAGCUACUUUACCAAACCGUCCAGCAUACAGGACCAACCCUGUGGAGACUAAGGAGCUUCAGAAACAAGUCAAUGAGCUAAUGGAGAAGGGACAUAUCAGGGAGAGUAUGAGUCCUUGUGCUGUACCUGUCCUCUUGGUGCCAAAAAAAGAUGGAAGCUGGAGGAUGUGUGUGGACUGCAGAGCCAUCAACAACAUAACAGUUAAGUACAGACAUCCUAUUCCUCGCUUAGAUGAUAUGCUAGAUGAGUUACAUGCAAGACUAUGA